AUGGGUCGGAGAUCUCAGAGCAUUAUGCGUUAUCAUCGGAAAGGUAAUAGCGAUAUCUGUGGCCAACAUAUCACUCGCAGACACACGGGAACUCAGGUAUGCCUGAUCCGUGUACCCCUUUUGUCGCUACUCAGCGUAGAUGCUGGUCCCGUUACCCUGUUCCAGCCGUUCAAGAGUCCUCUAGAGGGUCAUUUACCAGGUGUAAGUGCAGCAUCGCAAAGGAAGACACUAGGAUGUAAAAUACGCAACCUUGGAAAACCGUUCACGCCAUCAAAUGUCGAUUUUGGAACUCUUAGGAAAUUGGCAGAAUCCGAUGACGGCCUGCCGCCACCAAAUCCACUCAUUUUAUACACAUCACCAGAAGAUGCAGAAUUUAAAGUCACCAUAGAGGUCGAUCCUCUACUCUCACGUUUCCUGAGAGACCACCAACGGCAGGGUGUACAAUUCGUUUUCGAUUGCCUCAUGGGUCUUAAAGAGUUUAAUGGUCAGGGAUGUAUCCUUGCGGAUGAUAUGGGUCUCGGUAAAACCCUGCAGAGUAUCACUGUGAUGUGGACAUUGCUAAAACAAGGUCUAAACGGGAAACCCGCAGCAAGAAAGUGUGCCAUUGUGUGCCCAGCUAGUUUAGUUAACAAUUGGGAAAGUGAAAUCAAAAAGUGGCUCAAGGGAAAGUGCCCAUGUACUGCCGUUGCAGAUGGUGUUAAGGAGAAAGUGGUAUCAAAGUUCACAGGGUUCAAGUAUGAUAGGCAAUCUCAUGUACUCAUCGCAUCAUACGAAACAUUUAGGAUGCAUGUGAAAAAACUAGAAGGGGUGCCUAUUGACCUGGUAAUAUGUGAUGAAGCACACAGACUCAAAAAUGACAAAACUCUGACAUCGGUCGCAAUACAGGGUCUACCAGCGAAAAUGAGACUUAUGCUAAGUGGUACACCCAUACAAAAUGAUCUCAAUGAGUUCUACUCACUUGUUUCGCUAUGCAACCCUAAUGUACUGGGUGAUAUCGCUAAUUUCAGAAAAAAAUAUGCAAACCCGAUCAUAGUAGGAAGGGAACCGGAUGCUUCCCCUAAACAACAGGAAAUAGCAGCGGAAAGGUUGGCGGAACUGUCAUAUAUCACCAAUCAGUUCGUAUUGAGGCGUACCAAUACCUUACUCAGCAAGGUUCUACCACCCAAAAUUAACAUGAACGUCUUCUGCAAUCUCACUGAAAAACAAAAAAUCAUAUACAAAGCAUACACGAACUCGGCUACAUGCAGGAGACUUAUCAAAAGUGAUGAACCACUAACUGCAAAGUCAUUGGGAGCAAUCAUAUCCCUGAUGAAGGUCUGUAACCACCCAUGUCUAGUCAAACAGACUGCCUCAAUGAAGGCACCCGCGGCAGAUGCAGUGCUCAAGGAAAUGCAUGAAAAGUAUUCUUCAUUGUCUAAAAACCGAACAGCUUACCCAGAAAUGUCUGCUAAAACACUCGUGCUAUUCAGACUACUUCAUCACAUCAGGAGUACCAGCGAUGACAGAGUUGUCAUUAUCAGCAACUACACACAAACGUUGGACGUGUUCGAAAGGAUGUGCAAGCAGUGUAACUAUCCAAAUGUAAGGCUGGAUGGUACCCUGUCUAUCAAAAAGAGGCACACCUUGGUCACCACGUUCAAUGACCCAAACUCAAACAGUUUCGCUUUCUUACUUAGCUCCAAAGCAGGAGGGUGUGGAAUCAAUCUCAUUGGUGCAAAUAGACUGGUAUUAUUCGAUCCCGAUUGGAACCCUGCUAAUGACAAACAGGCACUUGCUCGUGUUUGGCGUGAUGGGCAACGCAAGACAUGCUACAUAUAUAGAUUUUUCAGUACGGGUACAAUAGAAGAGAAAAUAUAUCAGCGACAAAUAUGCAAAGACGGGCUCAGUGCUAUGCUUGUAACAGACGGUGUUAACGAGAUGAAGGAUAGCCUCAGUGGAGAGUACCUGAAAAACCUUUUUGAGUUCAAAGAUGGAACUAUAUCAGACACUCAUGACUCUCUAUCUUGUACACGCUGCAAAGAUGCUAAUGGCCACAUCCCGCAGUCACCGGAUUUCGUCGAGGACGACCUACUUACGUGGGCUCAUCAUACCGACCUGGAAACGGUUCCUGAUCCAUGUUUGAAAAGCGCUAUAUUUGAAAAUCAACCACCCACUGAGGUACCUGAUGGGUACAGACCUGUAUCGUUUGUCAUGAGCUGUUUGGUUGAAUUUAAGGAUGUCCAGCCUCCCGCUCAACAGGCAAUGCAGGCGGAACCACCAAAAAUGACAAUUUCGCCUAAACGUGAGGUUACAGAAGUCAUGCCAAAACUAAAGAAGGAAGCUAAGGCUGCAGUUAAACGCAAACCUGCGUCAAGUGACGAGGAUUCAGAUGUGGACGAAGGUGAAACCACUUUUUCAGAUUCGAUGCUUGACGAAGAUGAUGAUGACGAUGAAGAAGAGGAGGAGGAUGAUGACAAGGAUGCGGGGGAAGAGACUGAAUUAGAGGAAUCGCUAUUCUCCUCUGAUGAUUAG